UCUGCGACUUCUCGAAUGACAAGAACCAAGCCAAGGCCAAUCACUUCUGUUAGUAAGAUAUAAUCAAAUUAUUUUGAUUACAUCCUGUAACAUGAGUUUUCUAAGUAACGAUAAUCUUCAUAACACCACGUAGGCUCGUAAACUUUCCUGUUUGGUGAAUAACACUACACUUAGCGGACGGUAUGUACUGGGCAGAUAUUCUGGUGAUUGUUCUGUACUUUCUUGUUGUAUUAGCAGUGGGAGCAUGGUCCUCUGUGAAGGCCAAACGAGACAGUGUCAGUGGGUUUUUCUUGGCCAGCAGAAACAUGCAUUGGAUUCCGUUUACAUGUGUUUCAGGUAGCGUUUUCGCUCUUUGCUAGUAAUGUAGGAAGCAGUAUGUUUAUAGGAUUAGCAGGAGCUGGAGCCAGCUCGGGCAUAGGAAUGGCUGUAUUUGAGCUAAAUGCGAUCUUUGUCCUAUUGAUAAUGGGCUGGAUUUUUCUACCUGUUUUUAUGGCGGCCGGGGUGUUCACAAUGCCGGAAUAUAUGCAACGAAGAUUCGGAGGACAAAGAAUUCGCAUUUAUCUGUCUGUUUUGUAUUUAUUUCUCUGCAUCUUUACCAAGAUAUCCGCAGAUCUUUAUGCUGGUGCUGUUUUUAUCAAGCAGGCAUUUGACUGGGACCUUUACAUUUCAGUGGUGACUUUACUUCUUAUUUCUGCAAUGUUUACGAUUACAGGCGGACUUAAAGCUGUUAUCAUGACAGACUUUGUUCAGACUUUACUGAUUGUAGGAGGUGCUACGGGACUAAUGAUUCUUAGUUUUCAAAAGGUCGGAGGUUACAGCCAACUAAUUCACAAGUAUCUACAAGCUCAUCCAAACAAGUCCUUUGUAGGGUACGACAUAAAUAAUGAAUCCUGCAGCAAAGUACCCGAUGAUUAUAUGCACAUUCUUCGAGAACCGACUGACCCUGUAGUUCCUUGGCCUGGAACUAUUUUUGGUCUGACCAUUAUCUCAGUGUGGCACUGGUGUUUCGACCAGGUUUUCGUUCAGCGUGUAUUGUCUGCUAAGAACGUAUCUCAUGCUAAAGCAGGCUGUGUUAUGGCUGGCUACUUGAAGAUCCUACCAAUGUUCUUAAUCGUAUUUCCAGGAAUGGCAGCAAGGAUUCUCUUUACCGAUGAAGUUGCAUGUUCAAGCCCUGAAGUGUGUGAAGUAAUAUGUGGUAGUAGAAAUGGCUGUACAAAUAUAGCAUAUUCACUCCUAGUCAUACGUUUAAUGCCAACUGGAGCGAGUGGUCUUAUGCUAGCCGUAAUGAUGGCGGCUUUAGUUACUUCUCUGACUUCCGUAUUUAAUAGCAGUUCUACUUUGUUUGCAAUCGACAUCUGGAAUAGGUUCAGACCACGAGCAACAGAGAUUGAAGUCUUGGUUGUCGGAAGAGUCUUCAUCAUAGUCCACAUGGCGAUCAGCAUUGCUUGGAUCCCGAUAGUUGAACAAGCUCAUGGCAGUCAGCUGUUCCACUACACACAAAGCGUCUCCAGCUACUUGUCUCCACCAGUCUGUGCUAUAUUUAUUCUUGCUCUGUUGUGGGAAAGGAUAAACGAAAUUGGAGCUUUCUCUGGAUUAAUGGCUGGAUUUAUCUUGGGUAUGGCUCGUUUUAUCAUGGAUUUCUUCUUUAUUCCACCACCUUGUGGCGAUGGCAAGCCAGAUUUACGCCCAUUCUUUGUCUCAAAGAUUCAUUAUCUACAUUUUGCCAUCAUCUUGUUUGUAGUUUCAGCCGUUACUGCUACUACUGUCAGUCUUUUAACAAAACCUAUCGACAAAAAAUACUUGUAUGGUUUGACCUUUGGUACUCGACGCAGCACUCAAGUUCGAGCUGAUAUCAACUUGUCAAUCAUUUCAUUGUCUCAGUCUGGCUUACAAGGUCCACAUAUCACUGAAGAAAAGCAAGAUACUCCUAUAAGCCUGGAAACUACUGAAAUGAAAUUCUCAAGCCACAAGGAGUUCCAAAGUGGACCAGGAGGAACUUCAAAAUCUGGUUUACCUUGGUGGAAACGGGUCGUUAUAUUCAUGUGUGGCGUCAAUCUAAACCGCGAACCCACUGAAACAAAAUCUUGGCAUUUAUCUCCGCAAGAGCAAAUCGUGGAAGCUGAAAAAUUCUUAUUGGAACGCUGUCUGUGGCAGAAAGUUUGUAAUGUUAACGGAAUCGUACUAUUUUGUGUGGGAGUAUUUUUAUAUACAUUCUUUGCUUGAUUUUCGACAAGUUAAAAUUUAAUAUUUAGAAAGUAUUGUUAGAGUGGUUAACUUCAUACAUUUGAUUCUCAAAGUGAUAUUUCAAGCUCUAAAUUUAUCUUUGUUUAGAUUAAAAGUGAAUUUAAUACCAACUAUUCAUCAAAUGUUUUUUGUUUUGUUUUUUGCUAUUAUUUGUCUUAAAAGACGUUCUCUCAGUUACAUUGUAAAUAGUUCCUAAAAUUUCCGUUUACAUUAAUCAAAAUAGCAUUGUAACGAUAUAUUCCUAUUAAUGUACCUAAUAAUAUAAUUCUGAUAUAGCCGUCAGUAACUCCUGGUCAAAAGUAUGCUAACAUCAUCGAUCAGAACUAAAACUAAGGCACUUGUAUAUUAUCGAAUCUCAUUCUACAUAGCUAACUGACUAGAAAUGAUCAAUACCAUAAAUUUAUGCUCAAGAAACAAAAACCUAUCGUCGAUUUAUCGAUGUUUUCGGCCGUAUGCACAAUAACAUCCCAUGAGUUUUGGCCGAUUUAGGAUGUAUAGAUUAGUUUUGAAUUAAUGAAAAAUAAACUUUAUAAGUGUAACAACGAGUAAUAAAUAUUACUCGAAAUUAUUUUAAACACUAUAAGCAUUGAUAUUCAUGUAAUUAGCUUUAAAGGAAAACUGAGUAUGCUAUUACUCAAAAGUGACACCAAUAAACGUUUUUGACUA